AAUGAUUUAUUAAUGUUUAAAUGAUUAGUUAACCAUUAGCAACAUUUCUGAAUGACUUAUAAUUGAUCAUUAUUAAAAAGUGCCACCAGAAAUGUCAUUAUAAAGUCUUAUCAAAGUCUAUGGUCACUCUCGCAACCAAACAGUGUGAAAGCUAUGAUGAUGUUUUUUUCCCCAAACAUAUUUGGCAACCUUGCUGAAAUGAAAGUGAAAGGAGAUUGUAUUACAUGCAGUGUUUACCAGUGAUCGUAAGAUUGAAUUUUUUUUCUUCAUUUUGUAAAACUGAUAAUCAAACUGUGUUUUUUAUUUGCUGAUGUGGGUAAUGCAUGUAGGUAAUGCAAAACCAAGGACAUUUUGAAAAGUUGUCAAGUAGCCGAACGUUUUGAUCAAAGCAGGUCUUCCGCUUUGGAGCACAAAGGCACUUCCUCAUUAAUUUUAAUCUAGACUCAGUGGUAGAGAUCAAACCCUUCAGAUCCAUCAUGGAUGAAACAGAAACAUCUGGAGAUGAAGAUUAUUUUCCAGGAGUCAGACCAGUUGAUCAGAAAAGAUCAGAAGCAGAGCCCAGCUGUGUGUCUAUGAAAAGUGACGCGUCUAUGGAUCCACCAAUGACAUUUAAGAGUGGAGAUACACAGCCUGAUUUCAGUUUAGUUCAUCAAAAGAGAUCAGAAGCAGAGCCCAGCUGUGUGUCUAUGAAGAGUGACGCGUCUAUGGAUCCACCAAUGACAUUUAAGAGUGGAGAAUCACAGCCUGGUCUGAGUUCAGUUCAGCAAAAGAGAUCAGAACCAGAGCCCAGCUGUGUGUCUAUGAAGAGUGAUGCGUCUAUGGAUCCACCAAUGACAUUUAAGAGUGGAGAAUCACAGCCUGGUCUGAGUUCAAUUCAGCAAAAGAGAUCAGAACCAGAGGCCAGCUAUUUGUCUAUGAAGAGUCACACAUCUAUGGUUUGUCAAGAACAAUUAAUGAGUGGAGAUUCACGGCCUGGUCUCGGCUAUGAAGUCCUCAACAUGUUUAAAUCAAAUCUGCUGAAGAGGUUUGGGCAACUGAAUGAAGGAACAGCAAUGCAGGGAAACCCAACACUCCUGAAUGAGAUCUACACAGAGCUCUACAUCACAGAAAGUGAGAGUGGAGAGAUCAGUAAUGAGCAUGAGGUGAGACAGAUUGAGACACAAUCCAGGAGAGCAGCAACAGAGGAGACAGCCAUCAAAUGCAGUGACAUCUUUAGACCUUUACCUGGACAAGACAAAGCCAUCAGAACUGUGCUGACAAAGGGAGUCGCUGGCAUUGGAAAAACAGUCUCUGUGCAGAAGUUCAUCCUGGACUGGGCUGAAGGGAAAGACAAUCAGGACGUCCAGCUCAUAUUUCCACUUCCUUUCAGAGAAAUCAAUCUGAUAAAGAACAAAACACUCAGUCUUUCAGAUCUUCUUCAUGACUUUUUCCCUGAAACUAAAGAAAUGAAAAUAUCCAAUGAUGAAUAUAAAGUGUUGCUCAUCUUUGAUGGUCUGGAUGAGUGUCGUCUGUCUCUGAACUUUAAGAGCAAAGUGAAACUGUGUAAUAUAUCUGAAUCAGCCUCAGUGGACGUGCUGCUGAUGAACCUUAUUGUGGGGAAUCUGCUUCCCUCUGCUCUCAUCUGGAUCACCUCCAGACCAGCAGCAGCUGAUCGUCCCCCUCCUAAGUGUGUCCAUCGAGUGACAGAGGUACGAGGCUUCAAUGAGCCACAGAAGGAGGAAUACUUCAGGAAGAGAAUCAGUGAUCAGAGUCUGGCCGACAGGAUCAUCUCACACCUGAAGUCAUCAAGGAGCCUCUAUAUCAUGUGCCACAUCCCAGUGUUCUGCUGGAUCUCAGCCACUGUUCUGGAGAAGAUGUUGAGUCCAGCAGAGAGUGGAGAGAUUCCCAAGACUCUCACUCAAAUGUACACACACUUCCUGAUCCUUCAGACCAACAUCAAAAGUGAGAAAGACUAUGAGAAAAAAGUGAAUGAUAAAGAAACGAUCCACAAACUGGGCAAAUUGGCUUUUCAGCAGCUUGUGAAAGGAAACCUGAUCUUCUAUGAGGAAGACCUGAGAGAGUGUGGCAUUGAUGUGACAGAAGCAUCAGUGUACUCAGGAUUGUGCACUCAGAUCUUCAGAGAGGAGUUGGGCUUGUCUCACGGGAAAGUCUUCUGCUUUGUUCAUCUAAGCAUUCAGGAACAUCUAGCAGCUCUAUAUGUGCACCUCUCCUGUACAAUCAACAACAUCUAUGUGUUUGACCAAACCAAACAAAGGCUGUUUAAUAAGCGUUUUAACCAGAAGAAAUAUAGUUCAUUAUCUGAGCUGCAUCAGAGAGCUUUUGAUGAAGCUUUACAGAGUAAGAAUGGACAUCUGGAUCUUUUCCUGCGUUUUCUUCUGGGUCUCUCACUGGAGUCCAAUCAGACUCUCUUACGAAAACUACUGACACAGACAGGAAAAUGCUCCUACAACAAAGAGGAAACUGUUCAGUACAUCAAACAGAAGAUCAGGCAGAAUCGCUCUCCAGAGAAAUCCAUCAAUCUGUUUCACUGUCUGAAUGAACUGAGUGAUGAUUCACUGAUACAGGAGAUCCAAGAUUAUUUGAAAUCUGGAGAAAUUAUAAAAGCCAAACUCUCCUCUUCACAGUGGUCAGCCCUGGUUUAUGUGUUGUUGACAUCAGAGCAGAAGAUGGAUGUUUUUGAUCUAAAACCAUUUAUUGGAGCACAACAUGCAGGAGAUAGUGUUCUUCGGAAUCUGUUACCUGUGGUUAAAGAAUCCAGAUCAGUUCGGCUUUGUGGGUGUGAUCUCACUGCUCUGUCCUGUGAAAGUUUGUCUUCAGCUUUACAGUUAUCAAACUGUGUCCUGGGAGAGCUGGACCUGAGUAACAAUGACCUGCAGGAUUCAGGAGUGAAGCUUCUUUCUGAUGGACUGAAGAACUGUAAGCUGGGGAUACUGAGGCUACAGUUCUGUAAUCUCACUUCUCAGUCCUGUGAAAGUUUGUCUUCAGUUCUUCAAUUGCCUAAUUGUGUCCUGAGAGAGCUGGACCUGAGUAACAAUGACCUGAAGGAUUCAGGAGUGAAGCUUCUGGAUGGACUGAAGAGCUGUAAGCUGGAAAUACUGAGGUUGUCUGGCUGUAUGGUGACAGAGGAAGGCUGUGGUUAUUUGUCAGCAGCUUUGAGUUCAAACCUCUCACACCUGAGAGAGCUGGAUCUGAGCUACAAUCACCCAGGAGAUUCAGGAGUCAAGCUGCUCUCUGAAAAACUGGAGGAUCCAAACUGCUCACUGGACAAACUCAAUGUGGAUCAUGGAGGAGAAUCCAGGAUUACAGCAGGAAUAAAGAAAUAUGCCUGUUCUUUCACACUGGAUCCAAACACAGCACACACUGAACUCAUUCUGUCUGAGGAGAACAGAAAGGUGACACGUGUGAGAGAGUAUCGGUGGAACCAUCCAGAUCAUCCAGUUUAUCCUGAUCAUCCAGACAGAUUUGAUGUGUGGCAGGUGUUGUGUAGAGAGAGUGUGUGUGGACGCUGUUACUGGGAGAUUGAGUACAGUGGAGAUGUGCGUAUUUCAGUGUCAUAUAAGAGCAUCAGCAGGAAGGGAUGGCGUAAAGAGUGUUGGUUUGGAAAUAAUGAUCAGUCCUGGAGUUUGUACUGCAGUUAUGUAUUCAAACACAAUAACAUAAAGACUAGUCUCCCUGUAGAGUCCAUCAGCAAUAGAACAGGAGUGUGUGGUGAUAAUGUCAGGAGAAUAGGAGUGUAUGUGGAUCACAGUGCAGGAAUUCUGUCCUUCUACAACGUCUCUGACACAAUGAGCCUCAUCCACACAGUCCAGACCACAUUCACUCAGACACUCUAUCCUGGGUUUAGGUUUGUUAUUUAUAAUGCAUCAGUGAAACUGUGUUGAGGAAUCAGAAUAGAUUCAUGAGAGAUUCUACCCAUAAUGCUUUGAGCUGUAUGAUAAAUCAGUAACAGUGAGAUGUUAUAGAGUCUCCUCAUCACAUUAAUACUGUAUUUCAUGACUUAAUACCGCACUUCUGUCACUGAAAUAACAGAAUAAAUGUGUGUAAUAAAUCCUCAUAUAGACAAGAAGAUCUGUGUGUGUGUGUGUGUGAUUCUGCUGGGUAACGAUUAUUUGUUGCUGUGUCUUUGUUAAUCUGUUUGUUUCUAUUGUAGCAUUGCAUCAAUCAUUUGUAUUGCUGCUAUUAAAAUUACCUUUCAAUUCAAAAGUAUCUUUCAUAAACAUGAUUCAUGAAGAACAUGUAGUUCAUUUUCCUCUAUUGUUUGUGCAGGAAUAAUAAAACACAAUGUCAAAUCA